CUCUCGCGCCGCUCCUCGCCCGUUCGACCCGACAACGCGCGGACCGCCGACCUCGAGAACCGCCUUCAUCGCCUCUUGGGUUUCUCUCCCGACAACGCUUUCAAUUUCGAUUCUAGGCGUGAUUCCAUCCGAUCUCCCCUGACCAACCUCCAUUCUUGCAAUCGAACAGAGCUCGAAACCCACCGCAAGUUGCCAAGAUGGAAGCCUUGAUUGGCGAGGACCGUUGCGAGGAGCUUCGCGAUCUAAGCGUUGUUAACCUCAUCGUUUCGAUCGUUAUCGUCAUCGGCAUGCUCAUCAGCUACCUCCCCCAACACUUCCGUAUCAUCAAGCGCCGCACCUCCGAGGGCAUUUCUCCCUACUUUGUCCUGCUCGGCACUACUUCCGGGACUUCGGCUUUUGCGAAUAUUCUGCUUCUUCCCAAGUCUCGCCAGGAUGUGGCCUGCUGCAGCGAACUUGAGACAUUCCACUGCGUUGCCGGUCUGCUCGGUAUUGCCCAACUGGGUGUGCAGUGGAUCUGCUUCGCGUUCAUUUUCGUCCUAUUUCUCGUCUUCUUCCGAUACCAUUCCGCCGACGACGUCGAAAGCGAAGAGGGGGAUGAAGCGCAUCCAAGGUGGCAGACUGCAUUGUUGGUGGCGUCCUUGACCCUGCUCCACGGCCUCGCUGUCAUCGUCAUCACCGGCGUACUAUCCACCGUGGCCAAGGAACAUCUACCAACAUGGGCCAAUGUCCUCGGCGUCAUGGCGGCCCUCCUCGCAGCCGUUCAGUACAUCCCCCAGAUUUGGACCACAUACCACCUCAAGCAUGUGGGCAGCCUCAGCAUUCCGAUGAUGUGCAUCCAAACACCUGGCGGUUUUGUUUUCGCGGCGAGCUUGUUCGCCCGACUUGGCUGGGCCGGCUGGAGUUCGUGGGGUAUCUUUGUCAUGACCGCCACGAUGCAAGGCGCGCUUCUAUAUUUGGCCAUUUACUACGAGAUUCGUGCUAACGCCAACGGCGCUGAUGUCUCGAAGUCGCCGUCACCGCUCUUGGGCCGAUCGCAUUCGCAUUCUAACGGUUUCGAUGAUGAGACCCCGGGCCGAUACGCGAAUGAAUCAUCCAACGGGCGAUCCGACUUGCAAACAGCCCGUGACCGUCAGGACGCGGAUGCUGCGGCCGACACCACUCCGCUGCUUCGUGCUAGCAGGACAGGCGACUCUCAUCGGAACUACGACACCAGCCGGGACUAGGUGGACCGGAAGGACAUACCGCUUUGAGGGACAGGGCCGAUAAUAGGACAGUUGGUCUUGCGUUUGGUCUCCGGCCUACCUGAUAAGCCCUCGGCCGCAAUUCAUUGAACAUGGGGGGUCGACUCUCGUGCUCAACCUCAUUUGUUGGGCCAUUGUUUUGAUGGGUGUUGAGAUAGCAUAGGGGAUUGCGCGGUGGGAUUUGCAGAGCGAAGUUAGUCACUCUAGUGGGAUAUCUUGAAACGGGGAGACCUUAGCAUCGCUUU